AGAGGAGGGCGUGGCCUCUCCGCUCUGGGCCCAGUGUGGCGGCGUUGAGGGAAAGCGAUGAUUGACCCACAGAAACGGAAGGCUCCCGGGCCGGAUACGGCUUUGGUGGCAGCGGCGGCAGCUGCUAAGAAACCCCGCCAUGAGCUCAUCUUGGGGCCGGGUCCCGGAGCCGGGCAACCGCCUCCGGGCGCCUUGUUGCAGGCGGGCCCUCCAAGAUGUUCCUCCUUGCAAGCACCCAUAAUGUUGCUUUCUGGUCAUGAAGGAGAAGUUUAUUGUUGCAAGUUCCAUCCUAAUGGAGCCACCUUAGCCUCAGCUGGGUUUGACAGGUUGAUACUACUAUGGAAUGUGUAUGGUGACUGUGAUAAUUAUGCCACUUUGAAAGGUCACAGUGGAGCAGUUAUGGAAUUACAUUACAAUACUGAUGGCAGCAUGCUGUUCUCGGCCUCCACGGAUAAAACAGUAGCAGUAUGGGAUAGUGAGACAGGAGAGAGAGUGAAAAGACUUAAAGGACACACUUCAUUUGUCAACUCCUGCUAUCCAGCAAGACGUGGACCUCAGCUGGUUUGCACAGGGAGUGAUGAUGGGACAGUGAAGCUCUGGGACAUCAGGAAGAAAGCAGCUGUUCAGACCUUUCAGAACACCUAUCAAGUAUUAGCUGUGACCUUCAAUGAUACCAGUGAUCAGAUAAUAUCUGGUGGUAUCGACAAUGAUAUUAAGGUGUGGGACCUUCGUCAGAACAAGCUAACUUACACAAUGAGAGGACAUGCGGAUUCUGUCACUGGUCUCAGCCUAAGUGCAGAGGGCUCUUACUUGCUUUCCAAUGCCAUGGACAAUGCAGUUCGCAUCUGGGAUGUUCGGCCCUUUGCUCCCAAAGAAAGAUGUGUGAAGAUACUCCAAGGGAAUGUGCAUAAUUUUGAGAAGAACCUUUUGCGAUGUUCCUGGUCACCAGAUGGAAGUAAAAUAGCUGCUGGAUCUGCAGACAGGUUUGUUUAUGUGUGGGAUACAACCUCCAGAAGAAUCCUCUACAAACUUCCAGGCCAUGCUGGUUCAAUAAAUGAAGUUGCAUUUCAUCCAGAAGAACCAAUAAUACUUUCUGCGUCUAGCGACAAAAGACUGUACAUGGGAGAGAUCCAGUGAGGAUGGAAAGAAGAGGACCACAGAUUAAUUCGGAAGAUUUGCAGAGCUGGAUUGCUUCCAUCCAAUUUGAAAAGAGAAGGGGAAGAAGACCCAUGAAGAGACUACAACUGUAAUGUUUCCUAGGCUGCGUUAAAUCAUCAUUUAUAUCCUGAAAGAUCUUUUCUUGAAUUGUGUAGCCAUAUUUACAGAAGCCUGAAACACACAGCAGCCCAGCUCCAUAAUUUUGAUGGAUGUACAAAUGCUUUAUUUUAGAGUUAAAAAUGUGCUCUGUUUUGAAAUUGUUUUGACCAUGGUAAAGUGGGGAAGUAGCAUUUAACAGUGCAUGCUUCCCUAAGAUUUGUAUGUCAUUUUUAUAUUAAAAAAAUGAAAUGCCUUGUAAAAAUUGCAGGUAGAAUUUAUUGACAUAUACAUCUUUUGUCAAUAUAUAACAGUCCAGGGGCAGAAGACUGAGCUAGAUACGGCAAAGUUAUUGUAUUAAAUAAUCCUUACAGUAGGUAGCAGCGUGCUGGUAAU